UCAGUCCAGUUGUUUGUUUUCGUCUUGAUAGGACCUGCAUUUAUGAGAACGGUACUAAGCUUAGCCACUUGAAUCAGACAAAUGGCUAAGUUUAGCUACAGCCUGACUGUCUGAAACUAUUUAUAUGAUACGUAACCUUCAAAAAUAAUUACUGAAAUACUAUAAUUUCGAGACAAGGGCAUGUAUUAAAGUAUGGUGAGGAGAAAGUGUCCCAUGCUGCAUUAGUGGAAUAGUGACAUGCUGGCCUGUCUGCCAGCAUCAGAUGAACUUACCAUCCGACUUCUUUCCCGUACGCAGAUGAACACUGGACUUCAGAGAUGGGAAACUACACAGAAGAUGAGAUCUGCCAACUACCCAACCCCAGCAGAGUUGGAUGCCUAUGCUAAGAAAGUUGCCAACAACCCUCUGACCAUCCAGAUCUUCCCCAAUAGUGUCAAAGUACCUCAAAGGAAACACAUUCGUCGAACAGUCAACGGGCUUGACACAUUCUCAUCCAACCAGCGCCACAGUCCCUACCCCUCUCAGGUCAGCGCCAGAGCGGGCCUCCUGGCCGUCCUCCGUGCCCCUGCCAAAGGCAUCAUCAAAGAGUCGAACGGAAGCCGAGCCCGAGUUUUUCACAAGGCCGUCAUGAAUCCUCACAGUGGGCCCUACACCUCUCAAAGCACUUUAAACGUCCCACAGCCUGCUCCUCACCUGCAAGGCCCGUCUCAGCCUCAGGUCCAAGCCUUGGCUGUCCAAAAGCAGGGCAUCGUGCAUGCACAGGCACUACAGCAGCAGCAACAAAACAUGACUCAUCCAGUGACUUUACAACAGGCCCAAGCUGUGCCUCAUCAACAAGCUUUACAGCAAAGGAACAUGGCUCAUUCACAAGCUCUGCAGCGGCAGCAGAGCCUGCCCCAGCUGCAGACUUCACAGCAGCAGCAGCAGCAAAGAUUGGCUCACCCACCAGGCAUUCAGAGACAGCAGAGCCUGCCACACACCCAGGCUCUACAGCAACAGCAGAGCCAGCCUUGUCCGUCAAUUGUGCCGCCACCGCCACAGCAACAUUUUUCUCAUCUGCAGACGCUGCAGCAUCAGACAGCUCCACAUCAACAAGCUUUACUUCAACAACAAGGAGUGACUCAGGAUCUGCGGCACAUGUCUGACGGAGCUCAGCUUCCAAGCCUACAGCAUUCCCAGGGUCUAACUGGCUCACAGCCGCUUCCCCAGUCUACAGGUGCAGGACCCCCUGUUGCACCCACUGGCCUCCAGCAGCCCCCACUGGGUGGUUAUGGACCACGGAAGCUUCCUGACACAGAUGCCCCACCAAACGUUACUGUAUCUACCUCCACCAUUCCGCUGUCCAUGGCGGCCAGUCUGCACCAGAAUCGGCCUGGUGACCUGAGCAGUAUCGUGCACCAGAUCAACCAGUUGUGCCAGGCUCGGGCUGGCAUGGGUGCCACCUCCGUUUGUGAGGGCCAGAUUGCAAACCCCAGCCCCAUCAGCCGCAACCUGCUCAUCAGUGCCAGCUCCAGGGUGUCCACUCACAAUCCAGCCCUGGGCUCUGUGCCCAGCUUCCUCAUGAUGGGGCCUGCAGACAAAACUGCAGCUCAAGCUCCCACUGCUGCUCUCCAUUCACAGUCCAGUAUGGCUGCUGUUAACAGUAUGCCUGCCUUUCACACAGACACAGAAAAGCUACAACUGCAGCAGCAGCAGCUUCAGCACCAGUUACAUCAGCAGAAACAGCAGCAGCAGCAGCAACAGUUGCAGCAGCAGCUACAGCAACAAUUACAGCAACAACAUCUACAGCAGCUGCAGCAGCAGCGCUCCUGGGCCCAACACCAGCUGGCCCACAUGCAGCAGCCACCUGAGGGAGCCCACCCUUGCAAGAACCCAAGGAGGGAGCCGCCCUCUGGGUGUGGAUUCCCCUCUGAGAACCUCAGCUACCCUCGCAAGCUGCCCAGCACCGCCCAGUCUUUUCCUCUAAAACACCCAGCAGAAAAACCACGAUCUUUGUCACCUGUUAAUGGCCCAGCAGGCUCCAUGCCUUACACCAAUGGCCACUAUAUGCAACCACCAUGGGGCAGCAUGCAAGCCACAGCUGGCAGCAGCAAAUCAGGCCCUGAGGACCUCCCAGUGUCUUUCCAGGGAGGGCAGGCUGGCACCUCCACAGACUGUGUCCCAGGGGCAAAGUACAGAGCAGGGAAAGGAGGUCCACCUGGCCAGUCAAAGCUGAUGCAGAACGUGGAUUUCCUCGGAGCGGACUUCCAGUUGCCCAGCUUCCAGGAGCAGAACAUAGAUGCAAUGGAUAAGAUGCACAGGCCAGCCAUGGGCCAAGUUCAGGAGCCGAACAGUGCCGGAGGUAUCCACAGUAAUCACCCAGGCUACCGAUAAAGCUUGAACUCAUCCCCACUUGAUGUGUUUUCAGUUUGUGUUCCCACCAGGUGUGGUUUGUCCUUCAAGAUCUUGCAAGUGAUCAGUUUAUUUCUCUACACGUUUUUUCGCUUCAGAGCUUGAUUUCCAGAUGCACCAGGUUGUGAAGUGUUCCUCAGGUUUUAAGCCAUGUCUUACCUUUGUUCCAGAUGAAGGGUUUUUGAGAUUGUUGUUCCACUGUUGAAGUGUAUUCCUGUUUUCAUCACUGGCAUGGAUGUGCUGCUCUCUGUAGCUAUCUUGUUCUAAAAUUAUAACCACAGCUGAGAAUAUUUACCUGUCACAUAUGAUUGUCACAGUGCUAUUCCCAGUUUGAAGUGGAACAACUCCUCUUUUCAGCAUUCGUGGCCUUACAACUGCCCCAAAGGCAAGAUUUAGGAUGUCCUUCUGUUGUGUUUAUAUUUGCAUUUAAUUAUCGUCUGACAGGUGAUCAUUUUGAAUAAGAUGGUUACAUGUUUAUGCAUCUAAUAAGACUGUUUGAGUCCUUGUCAAGGUUUUUGUCCCAAAAGCUGAGGUGUGUGCUUGUUAAGGGCCAAAAUCAUAAAAAGGCCUCUGAACUGCACCAUAAACAGUUCAGGUCGUUUUUGUACCACUUUAUGGGUGAUCAUAUGGCACAGCUACCCAUAACUACUGAGCAGACUAUUGGUUUAAAAAAAAAAAAAAAAAAAAAUAAAGCAAAGCCAGCACUAACAAAAACAGUGGAAA